AUGUCGUUCACAAUAGGUCUGCCCAUCUCAAUAACCCUUUGCCCUCACGUUUGCACUCACUGAUCAUCUUCCUUGUCCAUCCUCAGCUCCUACGCGGCUGUUUUCCCGCUCGUCCAAGCCGGUCGCUGCGAGUUGGCGAUGCAGCUUCUCGUCGACAUCGCGUGACCAUGGUCUACCUCCGACGUUGCCCAAGCACGAGCGGCUAUCUGCUCUUUCUCCCAAACCGCUUCCCUCGACGAGGUACGUCCCCUACGGAUGGGGUUUACGCUGUGGCCGGGGUGCUGACGUGCCUUCGUUCUCCUCCGGCAAAGUCCCUCCCCUUUGGAGCUGCUCGCCUCGCAACCGUCGCACUACAUCACCUGCCUGCUCAUGGGUCGUCGUUACACCGUAACCGCACACGACGUUCUGACCGUACCCAAGCUCAAAUCCGUUCGCGCCGGUCAACGGAUCGCGCUCACCCGCAUCCUCGAAGUCGGUUCGCGCGACUACACCCUCCGCGCCGGUCCUUCCCCCUCUUCCCUUCCUCCCGCUCGACCUACCUCCGCCGUCUCUGCCAAAUUGUCUUCUUUCCAACCUUCGACCCCCUUGUUACGUCCGGCCAUGGCGCGUACGAUCAUUGAUCGUUCUGGUGUUCCGAGGGAUUGGCAACGUCAUCCCGAUUCGUUACCGUAUUUCAAAGAGGGGGAAGUCAAAGCGCAAGUGUUGGUGUUGGAACAUGUCAAGGGGAAGAUGUUUGAGGUCGAAAAAUUCAAGAGAAGAAAGGGGUACAGGAGGUGAGGUUCGGUUCGGAUCGCGGAUCGGAUCGGGUCCACAAGAGCGUGUAUCGGUGAACGGGUAAACGAAAAUCUGAUCCAUCUCUGCCAUUCCUUUCACCGUUUUUUAGGACCCUACGAAGCAAGCUCGAAUUCACCAAGUUGCGAGUAGGGGACAUCAUACUUGGGUCUGGCAAGAGUGCAUCGACAUCUACCUCGGUAGUGGCUGAGGGUGAAGCGGGGCCGAAAGUGUUGGAUACAGAGUUGAAAAUCGAGGGGGAAAAGGGUGUGAAUUGA